UUCUUCUUCUUCUUCUCACCUCGUUGCUCUGCACUCCUCAUGACUUUUCCUCCUCUCUUCUCUCCCUGCAUCCUUCUGUGCUUGCUCCCAACACUAAGAUAUCUAAGAUCUUUACUCUGUUUGCUACUCGGCACCAACGGCUCAAAUCCUUCCUACAUACAUAUGCAUGUGUGUCCAAGCCCAAAUCCCGUGGCCCGCUUCAAUGAUUUGAGUGCGUGGCUUGUUAAGCUGACGAGUUAGUUUGGUGAAUGUGGAUUUUGGUGGCAUGUUAAGCAUCGCCGUAUAGCACGCGCAAGAGUGCUUCUAGACGUCCCCCUUUUUCUUUUCUUCAUAUUUCAGCGAGUUCCAUAUGCUGAUGAUUCCGUGAUUAUAUGCGUGGCCGGAUCCUUCUAAAUAUAUGCUUUACUUGAGCUUCGAUUGUGCAGAAAGAUGAAGCAGCAUUUGGAUACUGUUAGCAACUUAGCAUAAGCUGGGUGGGAAGAGAGGAAAUUUUAUUGCAAUUCUUAGGGAAAGAAAUGAGGCUUACUUCUUGUGUUAUUAGAGUUUGCAACAGCAUGGCAUAGUUGACAACAAACUGAUGUUUCUGAUAUAUUGAUGCAAUAACUGGAUGGAAGCAACAUCAUCCACUCUUUCUCCUCUUCGGCAUCUAAACUAAAGCAAAUGGGGUUUCAUUUGAGAAUUGUUCUGGUGUUUGUCAGCGGGUUUUUCUGGUUGCAGUUUGUCUGUUGUGAGAAGCCUAUUGAUCAAGCUGGAACGCUAAAUUGGAUGUGUAUAUGUGCUGCCAGAGGACUUAAAAACACUCCCUCAUCUAACUGCUCUGCAUCUUGUCAUUGCGCCCUUGAUGAAACAGGGGGGCCAGAAGGAUCAUGGAAUUGCUCAUGCACCUCACAAGAUACCCCUCAAGCACCAGGAAAUAUCCACAAUACAGAUUGUUUCACCGCCUGCAACUGCACAUCUGGUUCUGGAGGGACCCCUGCUACCAGAAAGAAGCACGUAUUUAGUAAAGCUGUUGUAAUCAUACUCUUGCUCUGUGUCGUCCUGACCACUAUUGCUCUUUUUUCAUUAGUUGCUUGCUAUUUUUUGCGGAAGGAUAAACUUUCUUUCCAGUCAAGGAUAUAUUCUUUUGAUAAAUAUCACAGCUCGAACAGCAGAUCAAAUUUGAUAAGCAAUCGAUCAGCUUCUUCUCCUGAAUCUGUAGCCAAAGUCAGUUCAGGAUUUGGGCUCAGAGGAAUUUUACACAAACUUUCUCUCGUUUUUGUGAGUGAAAGAGGAGCUCUACCUGGCAUUAUUGUCCGAUUUUCCUUUGGUGAACUAGAACAAGCAACCAACAAAUUCUCAAAUGAUAAUUUGAUAGGGGUUGGUGGCAGCAGCAAUGUUUACCGUGGCCAACUAACUUACGGAGAAGUGGUUGCCAUAAAGAAACUCAGGCCACUUCAAGGGGCAGAUGCAGAUUACGAGUUUUUGUCUGAGAUCGAGUUAAUAUCCAGACUCAACCACUGUCAUGUGGUGCCUUUGAUAGGAUACUGCUCAGAGAACCAAGGCAGGCAAUCGGAAAGGCUCUUGGUUUUUGAAUACAUGUCAAAUGGUAAUCUGAGAGAUUGUCUCGAUUUAACAAAGGGUAGACAACCCAUGGACUGGGAAACCCGUGUGAACAUUGCAAUUGGAGCUGCAAGGGGCUUGGAAUAUCUACAUGAGGCAGCUGCCCCAAGGAUUUUGCAUCGAGACAUCAAGUCAACCAACAUUCUUGUAGACGACAAUUACAGAGCAAAGAUAACGGAUCUUGGCAUGGCAAAACGCCUGGUGACUGAUGAUUUAGCAAGCUGUUCUAGUUCUCCAGCAAGAAUGCUAGGAACGUUUGGAUAUUUUGCACCUGAGUAUGCUAUUGUCGGAAAGGCCUCACUAAAGUCGGAUGUUUUCAGUUUCGGAGUGGUAAUAUUGGAGCUGAUCACUGGGCGCCAACCAAUCCAUAAAUCACCAAAUAAAGGAGAUGAGAGCCUUGUGAUAUGGGCAACAGCUCGAUUGCGAGAUAGUAAGCUAGUUAUCUCAGAACUACCUGACCCUCUUCUGAAAGGCAAGUUCCCCCAAGAAGAGAUGCAGAUAAUGGCUCAUUUAGCCAGAGAAUGCUUGCAGUGGGACCCAGACUCGAGGCCGACCAUGAGCGAAGUUGUUCAAAUUCUCUCAACUAUUGCUCCUGAUAAAUCUAAGAGGCCAAAACUACCUACGAAAUUUCUCAUGCAGAGCUCUUCUUGCAGCACCAAAAGCUUCUUCGACAUCGAGAGAGCAGAAAUCUCCUUUGCAAGGCAAGAUCUGAGCCAAGCACCUUUAGAAAGAUGGCAAAUGCAAUGCUCAUUACCAAUAGCGGCAGAUCGAAAUCUCUCCAACGACAAUCCGAAGAACAUGGAGACUAUUUUCUCUGCUGAGUAUAUAGAGGGACUGAUAAUGCUGACUUCGUCAAAUGGCCGUCGGAGUUGGCAAUCUUCUGAUGAUGAUAUUGUUGACCUUACAGAGCCCCGUUUUGAGACAUUCACCCAGACUAAUGUGCUCAAGUAAAAGUCAUGCUGAGUUGAUUAUACAGCUGGCAAGGAGUCUCCGUUGGGGAUGGAGGCAGAUGAAGACGAGUUGUGAUUUAGGAAAAUUUGAGAAAAAUAUAAAACAAGAGAGAGGUGGUGGCUUGCGCCUGCGGAUAUUGUGACGAGUUUGCGUACCUCCUUGGAAGUAGACCUUUGUACAGACUACAGACUACAGACUACAGAGAUGAUGGUGAUCAAUGUGAAAAUUAGGCUCGUAGACAUUGUCAAUUCAGAAAAUUGCCUGUAAGCUUAUUUUGUUUUCUUGGACGGUUAUUCUUGAGUAAAUCCUACAUUUUAGAACAAUAUGGAACCGUUAACAAAAAUCAUCUUCACAUUA